AUGGGCUCUAUUGGUGACUACUAUGAGCCAAAGGCUCCCAACAAGGUCGGCAAAGGGGUCAAAUCCCAUUACGAGAUUGUGGAGGAGCCAAGUCGAUCUGGUCGCAAGAUCCGUAUCAUCGUGAUCGGAGCUGGCGCGAGCGCGUUGAACUUUGCCCACGACAUUGACACAGGCACAUUGGACACAGACCUGGUCCUUUACGAAAGAAUCCCGAGGUUGGUGGCACUUGGAAUCGCCGAAAGAUACGGACUUCGGAAAUAUAUUCGCCUGGGCCACGACGUUGUAGGCGCGUUUUGGGACGAGCAUGACAAACAGUGGCAUGUCAGGAUCCAGAGGGGAGACGACCCCGAUGAUGUCUUUGAAGACAGCGGACAUAUCUUAGUGAAUGCAAGCGGUGUGUUGAGUAAGUGGAAAUGGCCUGAUAUUAACGGCCGGGAGACUUUUCAGGGUCCUAUGCUUCAUAGUGCACACUGGGACGACGGAGUUCAAUUGCAAGGAAAACGGGUGGCCGUUAUCGGCUCAGGCUCAUCUGCAGUACAGAUCAUUCCGAGCAUUCAGCCCAGUGAGUUUCAUUCACAUGCCUCAUGGGUGACUGCAGGCUUUGGUCAACGCUUUGCAGGAAAGGGGGGAACUAAUUUUAGAUAUACCGAGAAGCAAAAGGAUAUUUUUCUCAACGACCCUCAAAAAUACCUGGCCUAUCGCAAGAAUAUUGAGUCCGAGCUCAACUCCCGCUUUCGGUUCAUUCUGAAUGGAUCGGAGGAGCAAGCGAACGCGCGAAAAUAUGCCGAGAAAGAUAUGCGGUCCAAACUCGCAGAUCGCCCUGAAAUCGCAGACUCAAUUGUACCAAAAGAUUUUGCAGUAGGCUGCCGAAGACCCACCCCUGGAAAUGGAUAUCUCGAAGCGCUGUGCAGCGAGAAUACCUCAGUUGUCUCCCAAUCCAUUGCUGAGAUUACUCCGAAUGGCAUCAAAACUGCAGAUGGGAGUGAGCACGAAGUCGACGUUAUUGUGUGCGCCACCGGGUUUGAUGUCAGUUGGCGGCCAUCGUACCCGACAAUUGGCCGGGAAUCCCGCAGUCUGAGUGAACAGUGGAAGGAUAUCCCAAGGACAUAUCUUUCCAUUACAAUUCCAAAUUUUCCCAAUUACCUCAUAUUCAACGGCCCCUUCGGCCCGUACGGCCAUGGAAGCUUCCUCCCAAUUACAGAGACCCUGUCUCGGCACUUCCUCCAGAUCCUGGAGAAGAUGUCGUCAGAGGGUGUUACAUCCUUUGAUCCCAAAGCCGAGGCAGUUGCGGAUUUCUUCGAGCAUCACAGAAACUUCAUGCCGCGUACCGCUUGGACAUCUCCAUGUCGUUCGUGGUUUAAGCAGGGGACAGUUGAUGGGGAGGUAAUGAUGUGGCCUGGCUCACGAAUUCACUUCUUUGAAACUAUGAAACAACCCCGUUGGGAAGAUUACAAUCUGAGUUACACUACAUCCAACCGAUUUGGAUAUCUGGGCAAUGGUUUCGCUGCACGCGAGUUUGAUGGAAGUGAUUUGUCUUGGUACCUGGGUACUAUAAUUGGGAACGAACUAGCGCACCUUCCGGAUGACGACUUUGAGGAAUUUCUAGUCCAAUAG